UUGGUCGACAGCGGCGCGCCAAAUAUCACGUGGUCACUCUUUUCGCGCGAAACGGCGUCUCUGUUGUCAGGAGUUGAGCGUGCAGUCUGCGUCUUUCCGGAUAGGAGAAAUCCGGCUCUCCUUUUAGUUAUUUCAACGACGUUUUAUUAGAUUGUGACAUAAUUUCAGUAUGGACGUAGCCGCAGCAACCCAGGAGAAUACCAGGGAGAUGGUGAAAGACGAGUUGGCUGAAAAAUGCCAGAAGUUAUUCCAGGCUUUCUUGGAGGAGUUUCAUAGCGGGGAUGGGGAGGUGAAGUACGUCCGGGAGGCCGAGGAGCUGAUCAGGCCUGAAAGGAACACCUUGCUGGUGAGCUUCAUAGACUUGGAGGGCUUCAACCAGGAGCUAGCUACCACCAUCCAGGAGGACUACUACAGAGUUUACCCCUUCCUCUGUCGGGCAGUGCGCAACUUUGCUCGGGAUCAUGGGAAUGUUCCUCUGAAUAAGGAGUUCUACGUUGCCAUUGAGGAUCUUCCCUCCAGACACAAAAUCCGCGAGCUGUCGUCCAUGCGUAUCGGCUCGCUGGUGAGGAUCAGUGGUCAGGUGGUGAGAACGCACCCUGUUCACCCUGAGCUGGUGAGCGGCACGUUCCUGUGCAUGGACUGCCAGGCUGUGAUCAAAGACGUGCCCCAGCAGUUCAAAUACUCCCCACCAACCAUCUGCAGGAACCCUGUCUGCAACAACCGCUCCCGCUUCCACCUCGACACGCACAAGUCAAAGUUCAUCGACUUCCAGAAGGUGCGCAUUCAGGAGACACAGGCCGAGCUGCCACGCGGUUCCAUCCCACGCUCCCUGGAGAUCAUCCUGCGGGCAGAGGCUGUGGAGACAGCGCAGGCCGGAGACCGCUGCGACUUCACUGGGACGCUCAUCGUCGUGCCCGACGUGUCCCAGCUUAGCACCCCUGGUGUGCGAGCAGAGACCAGUACCCGUGUAGCUGGAGGACGCCAGGGGUUGGAGUCUGAGGGCUUGAGAGGACUCAAAGCUCUGGGAGUCAGAGAACUUUCGUACAGGUUGGCCUUCCUGGCCUGCAAUGUGGCCCCAACUAACCCACGGUUUGGUGGGAAGGAGCUGCGAGAAGAGGAGCAGACUGCGGAGAGCAUCAAGAGCCAGAUGACGGAGAAGGAGUGGGAGAAGGUGUUUGAAAUGAGCCAGGACAAGAACCUGUACCACAACCUGUGCACCAGCCUCUUCCCCACCAUCCACGGCAACGACGAGGUGAAGCGUGGCGUCCUGCUUAUGCUGUUCGGAGGCGUUCCCAAGACGACCAUGGAGGGAACGUCGCUGAGAGGAGACGUCAACGUGUGCGUCGUUGGAGACCCAAGUACCGCCAAGAGCCAGUUCCUCAAGCACGUGGAGGAGUUCAGUCCCAGGGCUGUGUAUACAAGCGGGAAAGCCAGCAGCGCUGCAGGUCUGACAGCGGCCGUGGUCCGAGAUGAGGAGUCUCACGAGUUUGUCAUUGAGGCCGGAGCAUUGAUGCUGGCUGACAAUGGUGUAUGUUGCAUUGAUGAGUUUGACAAGAUGGACCUCAAGGACCAGGUGGCCAUUCACGAAGCUAUGGAGCAGCAGACCAUUAGCAUCACCAAGGCCGGAGUCAAGGCCACCCUGAAUGCUCGCACAUCCAUCCUGGCUGCAGCCAACCCCGUUGGAGGGCGUUACGAUCGUAGUAAGAGUCUGAAGCAGAACGUCAACCUGACCGCCCCCAUCAUGAGCCGCUUCGACCUCUUCUUUAUCCUAGUUGAUGAUUGUAAUGAGGUGACGGACUACGCCAUCGCCAGACGCAUCGUGGACCUGCACUCCCGUGUGGAGGAUUCUGUGAACAGACUGUAUUCCCUGGAUGAGAUUCGCAGAUACCUUCUGUUUGCCAGGCAGUUCAAGCCUAAGAUCUCCAGCGAAUCAAAGGAGUUCAUGGUGGAGCAGUACAAGCGCCUCCGUCAGCGCGACGGCUCGGGCGGGGUGGCCAAGUCUGCCUGGAGGAUAACGGUGCGUCAGCUGGAGAGCAUGAUCCGUCUGUCAGAGGCCAUGGCACGCAUGCACUGCUGUGACGAGGUGCAGCCCAAACAUGUAAAGGAAGCAUUUCGUCUUCUCAACAAAUCCAUCAUCAGAGUGGAGACGCCUGAUGUCAACCUGGAGCAGGACGACGAGAUGGAGGAGGGGGAGGAGCAGCAGGAAGGAGACCCUGUCCCCAAUGGAGUGAAUGGCAUGAACGGCCACGUGGACGACGUUAACGGCCACGUCAAUGGUGUGAAUGGACACGCUGAGCCCAGCAGCCAGGCCAAGCCCCCUCUGCGCCUGUCAUUCACAGAGUACAAACGCAUCUCCAACCUGCUAGUGCUACAUCUACGUAAAGUAGAGGAGGCUGAGGAAGAAGAGGAGCUGAAGAAGACUGCGGUGGUGAACUGGUAUCUGAAUGAGAUUGAGUCGGAGAUCGACUCUGAGGAGGAGCUCAUUAACAGGAAGGCGCUGAUAGAGAAGGUCAUUCACAGGCUGGUGCACUAUGAUCACAUCCUCAUCGAGCUGUCUCAGGCGGGACUCAAGGGCUCGGAGUCUGAGAGCACAGAAGAAGGAGCUGUUCUUGUUGUCAACCCCAACUACAUCCUGGAAGAUUAAACCACUCCCUUCAUUGCUGUUGUUUGUUUUUAUGUUCGCCAACUCCUACUCGCUGAACAGCUUACAGACUUCACUAUAAGAUGAAACGAUGAAGUUCAUGUUUGCUGUGUUUUUCUAAUGCUCAUAUAACUGUAGCGUUUGAGUUUAUCAUCUGUGCUGUACAAAGAUUUGAUUCUUUAAAACAGUCUUCGUUGGACUGGCUUGUGUAAAUAUGCUGCUCAUGUCUUCCAGUUUCUUGGCUCCAUCUUGAGUAAGUUAAAAACUUUGAAUUGUGUAUUCCUGUUAAUCUGUAAGUAUAUUACUGGCAUACACAGAGGCUCAUCUUCAUCGUUUGAAGAAGUUUUCUUUUUGUAAAAUGUAGAACGUGAAUAUAAAUAUGGUUUAAUAAAUAUUAUUUACGAUGUGAAAGUGCAA